UAUACUGCUAGUAGCAUCAUAGCUCAGUUUUUGAAUCGACGUGGUUUAAUAAAAAAAUGUAAAUACAAAAACAAAACCCGGCUGCUGAGUCUUGUUGAAUGAAUUCGGUAUCUGUUUUGAUUGAAUUUAUUUAGAUGAUUAUUAUUUGAGAAAGUAUUUAUAUUAUUCUAUUAUCAAAAUGACUUUGUCAACUAGUACUGGAAUACCUGAUAAAUUGUGGCAACCAAAACAUGCAAUACUUGAAACAUCAAUGGGAGAAAUUGUUGUUGAAUUGUAUUGGAAGCAUGCACCAAAUACCUGCAGAAACUUUGCUGAAUUGGCAAGGAGAGGUUACUACAACGGAACAAAAUUUCACAGGAUAAUUCGUGACUUUAUGAUUCAAGGUAAAAGGAGUACAGAGGGAAACACUUGUAAGACAAUUUUUGGCCCAGCAGUUCUGUUUAGGGUAUAUUUAUCGACUCUUCAUUAUUUCGAAUUGACCAAUUAUUACUCUUCUUCAGGAGCUGGAAUUCUAUCAAUGGCUAAUUCUGGACCAGAUACAAAUGGCUCGCAGUUCUUCAUCACUUUGUCUCCUACUCAGUGGCUAGAUGGGAAACAUGCUAUUUUCGGGAGAGUAUUCUCGGGAAUGAGUGUCGUGAAGAGGAUUGGGUUGGUGGAGACUGACAAAAAUGACAGACCUGUUGAUGACGUGAAAAUAGUGCGUGCUUUCAUUAGAUCUAAUUGAUUGUUUUCCAUUAUUUUGAAAUAAAUCUGGACAUUUUUAAUAAUUUGAGACUUUUGUGUGUUGUGGAAAGGUACAACUAACUGGUAUUGUAGUUACCUGCAAUUAUUAGGUAACAGUGAUCAGUAAAAUAUCGUCAUUUUCCAGUUUUGUGAAACUUUGAUGAAGAUUUCCAUAUAAAGUAUUUUAAUUGAAA